AUGCCUGAUCAUUUUUCUCAUUCAGAGCAAUCAGACUCGGACUCGGACUCGGACGACUCCUACGACUCGUCGGAUUCAGACAGCGAACCAGAAAUUACACAGGAGUACCUCGACUCACUUAUAGCGAGGGCAAAAAAGAAUGCUAUUCUAGCAGCCAUAUCUGCGAGAGACGAGGUCGAAGCACAGGAGGAUGUUAUCACCCUCGACAGCGACUCGCGACCUCCAAUGCCCUCAUUAGACCCGGGAAUACUUCCUACACCUUACUUUGAGCUCGGACAGUCAAGAUUUGACGGGCCUUCUUCCAUUCGAGAUCCGGACACUGAAUUGGCAGAAAAAGCUUCGUCUUCGCGCAGCGCACCCGCCCCUCCAAUACCGCCACCAGAAUUAACAUCCUCUGGGAAACCCUUGACCAAAAAGCAAAAAAAAGAGGUAGCGCAUAUUUUUUCAUAUUUGCAUGGCUUUGUUGUUGAAACGCGUCAAUGCAAGUUAAAACAGAGGACUGCUGGACCAGACUGGUUUGACCUCCCGGCUCCGUCAGAAGCCGACCUUCCCCGCCUCCAUCGUGAAGUCGAGGCUUUGCGUCUCCGAAACCAACUUGAUCCCAAACGCUUCUACAGAAAAGAGGAAGGAGAGGGCAAGGGAAUCAAAGGUUUGCCCAAGUAUUUUGCGAUCGGUACGAUUCUUCCGUCCUCCACACCCUUUGGGACUGCGAGUGGGGAUAACCUUACCCGGGCAAACCGAAAACGAACAUUGGUGGACGAGUUGGUGGACGAUGCAGAGGCAAAACGCUACGCGAAAAAGAAAUUCGAGGAGCUACAAUCCGUCAGAGGGGCGAGAGGAAGAAAUACUCUACACGCCAAAAGGGCCGUGCGAAGGGGAAAGUGGUGA